AAAGCCUCAGUCAGUCGCAUAUAUAACUUUCAACCCUAACUCAGAUAUGAACCUUACAGAGCAAAACGUCGAGAAACUGGAAGGUUUGGGAGCAGAACGGAUGGAGCUAAGAGAAGAAGAAAAGCGGUGUUCAGAAUCCUACCUGGAACAGAAAUCUGAAUACUCCGACUCCUCCUCGUCUCCGACCUAUAUAAACUCUGUAGAUUCUCCCAACUCUAUCCCCCUCUCGGAGCCAAGACUAGACGCAAUGGAGGCGUAUUACGCCAGCUCUUCUCUGCAGUACAGAGAAGAACCUCCUAUGUACAGUCCGUACCAACAACCUACCAUGGAACAACAAUAUAAUCAAUUAGUUUACCAAACAAAUUAUCCACAGUAUAUUCAAGGAUUGCCUACCUACCCUCAGUACUAUACACCCAACCCUACCCAGCCCACCUACCAGCCUAGCUACCACACUAGUCAACAACAACAACAAUAUCUAAACCAGUUUUGUCAAUACUGCUUUGGAUAUCCAACCCUGGAGAAUUGUCCUCUAUGCUUAAACUAGCGUGAAAAAUUCUCAUCAAACCAACCCCAAAUAUACCUUCAGAGUUAGUCUGAUACGCCUUUCAGUUUCAUCAUCUCUAAUACACAAACAAAAUUAAUAAUUUUA